GAUCGUCAUGAGCGAAAAAGAUCCGGUUACAAAUGCACAUGCAUAUGUACAUACAUACAUACAAACAUAACAAUAAAUAUUCGACUUGCCUCCCAUUGGUAACUCAAAAAGAAGCUUUUGACUCUCUACUCUUACAAUGACGAUGGAAGUAAAGUUUCAAGCUGCGGAGAUCAAUGUUGUGAAAGCGUUUGCGCUCGCUGCGGUGUUUGUUGUCUACGUACUCAACUCAAAUAAAAAAAGAAAACAGAAAGCGAUUUUUGCAAAGUUACAAAAACAACAGUCUUAAAAGUUAUAGACCUAGCGAUAUUGCCAUAAAUUAUCAAUAUGCAUAUUACUGCACUUUACUUGAGUUAUUAAACAGUUCAUUUGUUUAUGCAUAUUUAUGCAUAUGUAUACAUGGGCAAAUACAACUCCAGUGGCCCUUCCGAAUAAAAUGAAAUAUAAAAAAUGGGGAAUUCGGGAAGUGCUCAUAAUAUAAAUAGCGAAAGAUCGGCUAUACAUCGAAAUUCGCACUUUCAAACACGAUUUGAGCAUCUAAGCCAGAAUUCACGUCGUCAGUUUCAAUGGAGCAAAUCUGGCUUAAGAUCUACUUCCCUAAAUCCUCAACGAAGCAUAAACCCUGAAUGGAGAAGAUCGUAUCCGUCUACUAUCAUGAAAAGAGAUUCGAACUGUCCGCUAGAAACGCCGCUUAAAGUGUUGCCUGAAUUGGAUAAGCGUCUGCAUCUGCGAGCUACUUCAAAUGGUGCAAUAUUAAAUUCCGGGGGUACGAUAAGUGGCCGGAAACAAAAUGAGAAUCUGCCCCAAAACAUUCCAAAUUUACUCAGUCAACGAUCCAAAACGUUUAUAAUCGAAAAUGUGAAAGAUAGAACCUCAGGCAUAAAUGAAAAAAUUGAUACAAAGCCCGAAUUCGCACGAUCACAAACCCUACUUUACAUCAAGGGUAAGAUCAAAGAUUCCGACCUUAAUGCCAAUGAGUCAAAUCUGUCUCGGAUGCAAAGACACACGUAUUCAGAACCUGAGCUCAUUAACAAAAUAAGUUCACCAGUCACAAUAAGUAAUACUCAAGAGCCUCCCCUAAAGCCCAGCAGUCGAAACAAGUAUUCAAAAAAGAGAAGAGCUCCUGAAGUACCCCAAGCGAACAUUACAGCUAGACCAUUUAUACCGAGCAACAAGGACGUCCUGCGAAAUACUCAAAUUAUAAAAGAUAAUGCCAAACCCAUGCAUUAUGCAAAAAACUCAGAGCGCAAACAAACAUUAAAGUCGGCGCAGAACCAAGACGAUGCAUUGAAAAGAGAUAAUGAGAACAGGAAAAGCAUAAAAGAAAGAAGCUUUCAAAGUAAAAGUAAUUCAACUGAAGGUUCUAAGAUCCCCUUUCGGCGAGAAAAGAGUUCUGAUGCGAUUCUGUUAAGAAGUCGAAAACCAGAUCAGCCCGAUACUUCGAAGAACACGCCGUUGCGUAAUGGAUAUCAAAUCAAAAAUAGUCCUCCUGUAGUCAAGAAUUCAACUCAAAAAGAGAAGUUGGAAAACGAAGUUGUUUCUGCCCCGGAUAAAGGUUGUCAGCGUACUUUUUAUUUUGGCAUGGAAAUCGAUAGCCCUGUCGAUUUUAAACAGUCGGCAAAUACGGUUGACGAAAAACUCCAGAGUGACUCAUUGCCAAUGAUUGCCAACUAUGACAUUGAAUAUAGGGAGACGACGCGUCUGGAGGAGAGUUUGAAUGACAAUGGCCUACUUGUGCGAAUUCGGCCGACCCUGCCGCGUCGCCAAGUGGAGACACCCUCGUUCAGUCCCAUGUUGGCUUGGCGUUCCCUAAUCGAACAACAAGAUGGCAUAGAUAAAUUACAAAUAUCGAAAAGCAUAAAUCAUAAUUGUUGCAUGCCUGCCAGUGAGACGCCUAUUCAGCCCCAACGAACAUUACAAAUUAGACAGCUCUCCAGGCCGAACCACUUGCUCACAACGUGGACUCCUGAACAGGAUCUGGGCGAUGAACAUGAUGACAAGCUCAAGGGGCUUAGUACAGAAGAUGACUCCAGCUCGGAUGAGUAUCGGUCUAAAUGCGAAGAGGAUGGUUUUCUAUUCUAUGGUAGCAAGAAGAAGAAUGUAAUCCCCGAUAAAGUUACGCCCGUUCACACAUUCAGUCUCUCGCUUCCAAGGGACUCGCAUAUACAACAUACUCGUAGCAUCGGAAAUUUAAACACAGGCGAAGUUUGUAUUUACAAGAGCCUGCAGAAAGCCAAGCCCGAAAAUUAUGUAAAGGGCACCGAGCCGUCCUCUUAUAACCAAAGAAACUCAAGUUCGCAUGCUCAACUAGAAAAUAAUUGUGUUACCAAUUUCGAAUGCUCCAAUAAUUGGAUGCUUCAUAAAAAUAUUAGUGGAACGGAGCUUUAUACGAAGAGUCUGGAACAUGGUGGUAAAAGGCAAAGGCUGGUUUCCGUGGAGCCGCAAUCGAUUAAAUUUCUAACUGGUGGAAAGCAUGUAAUGUACCUACCAGGCAGCCACGAUCAACCAAGUCCAUUGAAAGCCCAUCCAACUGAACCUCAAGACAAUAUGCUGCCAGCCAAAACAAGUCGUCACUUCAAAAGUAGACAGCGACAUAUGCCUCAAAGCCUGCAAGACAAAACACCAAUUUUUCCAAUAAAGUCUAACAACGAGGAGGCUCUUAAAUUGGACGAUGAAAAGCCAUUUCAUCAACGUUUCUUAUUUAAUAAUCCCGUACGCUUGUUGGAAAAGAAAUUGCAUGCAGAUAAAUCUGUGAAACCCGCUAAACUUAAAAUGUCACUAGAUGGGCAACUUGAAGCGCUAAAAAAGGUUGAGGAAGAUUUUCAACGAAACCGCGCUAACGAGAAAGAGAACAUACAGCAUCAAUUGCGACUUUACUUUGGUACAGAUGACGAACAGUACCACAGCUUGCCAAUAGCUCCAGUGCUUGAUAGAUUUUCAGCUAUUAAUCUCAAUGACACGGAUAAUAAAUUAUAUCGUCGUGAUGAUCCCGAUGGUUGCGUAUCAAAUGUCGUCCUUGAAAAUGAAGAACAAACGAUAACAUUUGGUUCGAAAAAUAUUUUAACCUAGAUUUGUAGACAUAUUCUUACAUCAAUUUUAAUACAU